UCCGCCAUUAAGAAGAAACGGCAGCGCGGCGAUGCUUUGAACGGAGCUCACUAACCACGAGGCUGCCGCCGUGGGUUGAAUCCAAACUGGUCAGAACCGGAACAGCUCGGUCAGAACAAGUUUGGAUCGCAGACCGAUGAGUUUCAGACUGUCUGACUUCGGUUCCGACCCAGUUCUGGUCUGGCAGGGAGGCUUCCACACGAUUUCUUCUGACUUUUCUCUGCUGGUUCCGGGGGGGCAAAGACUGAAAUACCGCAGUAUGCUAACAGCUAGCUAAAGCCAGCUACAUCAACUGGACAUGGCCGAUGUGUCGGAACCACCCGGUCCCGAGUUCUUCUCCAGGGUCCAGUUCCUGCAGCGGUUCUGCUGAACCGGGCCUAGUUCCCCAGAACUGAUGUGACCUGGAGCGCCGCCCACCUGGAAGUGAUGUAACAAAAGGCCGACUGAAGCUCCGCCCCCAGCAGUCUGUUCACAGAGGCGGGGCCGUGACAUAACCGGACCGAAGCGUGUUCUGAUCCGGGCGGGUCGGCGCUCCCUGAUUCGUCACCUGACUCACCUUUGUGAUGCGACUCUGUUCCUCAGAAAGCGAGGCUCAGCCUGAUUUACAUCUGGAGCUCCAGCGCCUCCUGCUGGCUGGAAGUUUCCUGGGAUAAAAAGCAGCAGAAAGAACACCACCUGAUUCUGUCCCUAAAAUAGAAACAAUAAACUGAAGCAAACUGCCUGCUGGUCAUGUGACCAUGGGAGCCAAUAGGGGGCCAGCUUUGAGGGCUCAGCUGAUGACUUUCUCUCCGGGUCAGCGGUUCUGUUCUACUCUGAUGGUUCUGGAGCUGCUGGUCCGAUCUCCUGAAACAUUUUAAUGAAACCCAAAAAGCUUUCCUUCCAUUAAUAAGAGUUGAAGCUCGGUUCUGUUAGAACCCUGGUCCUGGAAACGUGUUCUGAUUGGUUCUGUAACGUCACGUUUUCUGAAUAAACAUCCAUCCAUUUUCUAACCCCUUGUCCCCAGUGGGGUCGGGAGGAGCUGCUGCCUCUCCAGCCAACGUUCGGGGCGAGAGGCGGGGCCACCUGGACAGGUCACAGGUCACCUGGACAGGUCACCAGUCUGUCGCAGUGAAUAAACAUCAUUUAUGAAAUAAUCUCCCAGUCUGUUUUGACGUUAUUUGGAGGCUUUCUGCCUUCUGUUGGAUCCAGUUCUGCCUCCACUGAGGUUCUGGAGAAACUUUAGACUUGGAGACCGUUAGAAUUGUUGGAUCAGUAACAAACUGGGGAGGGGGGCGACUCCAGCUGCUGUGGUCCUGUCUUCUGUCCAGAGAAGAAGAAGCUGCUCUGUUUCUGCCAGGUUGACCAGUAAAACCUAUGGCGCCCCCUGUGGUUUUAAACGUGUGACCUUUGUCCCGGAACUGCUCCAGUAUCAGCUCCGGACUCGGUUCUGGUCUAUCAUUCGAACACAGACCUGGUGGUAGACCCAGAGGGAUGCAGACCGACCCGGCUUCACAGGAACCGACCCGACAGAACCAGAACCCCAGACUAGUCCCAGGAACCUGAACCGUCUCUGACCCAGCAGGAGGAGGACACACUGUCUGGAGUUGAGGCUGGGGUCAGAGGUCACUGACUCUAGAGCAGCAGUCUGACUGCAUGGUGUCAGGAUGCGGCUGCGGGACCUUGCAGGGCCCAGAUCAAACCAGAACCAGGCGACGACGUGGAGAUCCGGUCCUUUCCUCUCCUGAAGAAGCUGAGCGUCAAGCUGACUGACUGCAGGGUGUGGCUGGAGGGGCGGGACUUCCUGUCUCUGGAUGACCACCCUGAGCUCCUGCCGUGGCGCACCACCAACAGCGGCAGGAGGAUGGCGUACUGCCCCAUGUGCCAGCGGGGCUUCUACAAGCCGGCCCACCUGGAGGCCCACCUGUGGACCCACCGGGGCCAGAACCCCAACCAGUGCUGGGAGUGUGGGAAGACCUACCCGACCCUGAUGAGCCUGGUGAUGCACCAGCAGGUCCACGGCCGCAGCAAGCCCUACCACUGCUCCUACUGCGACCGCACCUUCGCCCUGAAGCGAGACUGGAAGACUCACCACCGGACCCACUCUGGGACCAAGCCCUUCAAGUGCUGGUUCUGUGGGGAUGGCUUUGGCCAGCAGAACCAGCUGGACGAGCACCUGCAGGCCCACCAGGGGGAGCGGUCCUACCACUGUGACAUCUGUGACAAGAUGUUUGUGUCCUACCAGGGCUUCAACUUCCACCGCCGGGCGCACAAGACCUCCAAGCGCCUGCCGUGCCUCAAGUGCUCCAAGACUUUCAGCAACGCUCAGAGCCUGAAGGUCCACCAGGCCACCCACUCCAGCAGGAAGCCGCACACCUGCCCCACCUGUGGGAAAGGCUUCAAGCUGCUGGGUGGCCUGCGCAGCCACCAGCGGGUCCACCAGGACCUGAGGGAGUACCGCUGCUCUGAAUGCAGCAAGUGCUUCUCCAGCCUGCAGGGGCUGAAGCUGCACGACCGCACGCACACGGGCCUUAAGCCCUACGGCUGUGCCGAGUGCGGCAAGAGGUUCACACAGGCGCCGCACCUCAAGGCCCACAUGGUCACCCACACCGGCGAGCGGCCUUUCCUCUGCACCACCUGCGGCAAGAGGUUCACCCAGUCGUCCCACCUCAACUCUCACAUCAAGCUGUUCCACCUGGGCGAGAAGCCGUUCAGCUGUGCCGACUGCGGCAAGAGCUUCACCAUCGCUCACUACCUGAAGAUGCACCGGCUCAGCCACACCAAGGAGAAGCUCUACCAGUGCUCCUACUGCGACAAGGCCUUCUCCUACCACAACUCCUGGAGAGCCCACGAGAGGAUUCACACCGGCGAGCGCCCCUUCGGCUGCCGUGACUGCGGCCGGACCUUCAUCACAUCCGGCUCACUGCUGACCCACCAGCGUGCUGCGCACACCGGCGAGAAGAACCACUACUGCAUCACCUGCGGUGAGUUCUUCUUCACCAGCUCCCUGCUGCGCGUGCACCAGCUGGACCACACCGGCGAGCGCCCGCAUGUCUGCAGCUGCGGCAAGACCUUUAAGACCAAAGGAGUCCUGAGGUUCCACCUGAAGAGGUUCACGGAUCACCGGCCGGCCCAGUGAGCCGGUUCUGGGCCGAGAGCACAGCUGGUUCUGCUGAGCAGAACGCUAGGAAGUUCAGCACACUGUAGCAGUCCUCAGCUGGACAAACUGGACCAACCCGGGUCCAACUGGACCAACUUGACUAACUGGACUGAACCAGGCAGAAUAAAGAGUCGGAGUGAUUCCUCUUCAGAUCGAAGAUGGUCUUUGUUCCUGGUUCUGGAGAUGUAAAACGACCGGGUCAGAACCAGGAAUCCGGCCGUUGGACCAGUAUUUGCUGCUAACAUAUUCUCUGAUUAAAAAAUAUUGAAUGUUUGGACCCGGUUCUGUUCUGGGUCCAUGACGUCACUCUGGUUCCGUCUUCCAAAGAGACGCCCCCACUGACAGCUGGAGGGUCAGAGGUCACAGGUCUGAUCAGCUGAGCCUGAUGUGGUUUAUUUUGGACCUCUGGUUCAGACCAGUAGCACCAUGUUUGGUUCUGGACCUACGGGUUGAACCCACUCCAUGCCUGACCUUCACUGCUGACUUGGACAGAACCGGGUCGGUUAAAGUUACUUCUCGAUGCUGAAAACAUUCAAAACCAGGAUCGGUUUUGCCUGGUUCUGGCCCAGUUAAUGAAUCUACUCCCUGAACAGUUCAGAACCAAAAUAAAACUACUUUAACCUCCUA